UCUAACGUCUCUAUUGUUUGGGACAAGCGGAAACACAAUUCCUGCAGUGCCCUCAACAACAAACACAAUGUCCAUUGGCUUUCAAUGUUCCGCCAGUAGUAAACCCAGCAGCGCCAUAUACAAUUGGCAGGCGACUUUUUCAGUGACGAGCGAAGGAAAUUCUUGUUCUGCCACUGAUCCAGCCUGCGGGAAUAUGUGCACCAACGUGACGUCAGCGGGCACCGGUGUUGUCCAGUCUCCCAACUUCCCCGCCGACUACGGGAGCAAGAGCAAGAUUUGUAAAGUCAUCAUUAUCGUGCCAGCAGGAAAGCGAAUCCGUUUGACAUUCACCACCUUCAAUUUGGAGACUGGCAAAGGUUCCAUUAAAGGUAACGACAGAAUCACGACUUAUUUGGACAGUGUAACCGGAAGUACAAUUCCUGACGUAGUCACCACAACAUCCAACGUGAUGCUUUUGCAGUUUAUUUCCAGUCGCAGUACGAAACCCAACACCGCCAUUUAUAAUUGGCAGGCGACUUACACUGCUGUGUAACGGUAUAGACGCAACCACAUCUCGGCUCACUAUUACAAGAAAGAAAAACAACAAAAACAAAGAUAAAAUAGCCGAUUAAAAUUUUUUUUUUACUUUUCUUUAACUCGCUGUAUUUUAUCAACACACAGCGCAGUGAUUUCAAAUGAAUUUCAACUAUAUUAUUAUUAUCAACAAUUGGCAAACAAAUAAAUUGAUUUACUCCCCAAAAGAUCAAUUGUGUCAAUUAACCUUGUCGUUUAUAAGUUGCCCUUCCUUCUUUGCCGUUGUUGCGUCAAUAG